AUGGCAGACCCAAAUCCUGUCCCGGAUGCGCAGGACAUUCAAAGACGCAUACUAGCGGCUGCCGACGCUGCUGGAGUCCGUCUUGCCGCCGAACCAUCAUCAGGCACAUCAUCGGCCGACGUCACAAUGCAGGAUUCGACCGCACCACCUACGGUCGAAUCGACGGCAACUGAGACACACACCAAGUUGACACCUCUGCAGGUUCAGCUUCCUCCUCAUAUGUCAACCGAUCAACUGACGCUGGCUUUGACAACGCUAAGCGAUGCUGAGUCACGUCCGACCAUAACGUCCGAGCUCCUUCAGUCUCCGAAUGCCGAUUUCGUCGUCCACCUGUACGACAUUGCGCUCAGAGCGUUGACGUGGAAAGAGCAGGUCUCCACGCUGCAGGAAGCACAGCAAGCUGCUCAACAACAGAUUGUGGCAGCCCAAGAGCAGAGCAACCAGCUCGGCCAGGAAGUCGAACAGGAGAGAAUCGCUGCUCUCGAGGCGUCACGCCUCAAAGACAGCCUGCAGACCGAAGUCGUCAACCUCCAGAAUCAGAUCGGCUCCCUGCAGACCUCGCUCGAUAACGAAAAGCGAGAGAACGACGCCGCCAAGGAGAGAAGUGCGCAGCUUGCCACAGAGCUCUCCUCGUCCCAGGCAGAGACGGCUGCGCUCAAGGCCGAGGUCGAGACAGAGCGCAGAGCAAAAGAGCUCGUCCAAAGCGAAAAGGACCGACUCUCAGCCGAGCUCGUAGGCAUCAGUGCCCAGCUUACCACCCUCAAGAGCUCCACCGAGAGCGGUGUGCGACAGGCUGCCGAGGUCCGCGGCAGGCUCGAUCAGGCCGAGCAGGAGAAGCGCGACAUCCUUGCCAGCCUCCAGCGCGAGCGCGAAGAAAGCACACGCAAGGCCGAAGAGAUCGACGCGCUUCUCACUUCCAACCGUGACGUUCGUCAAGAAAUCUCUCGCCUCUCCACUGCUGUUCAAGAAUCGCGCAGUCAAGAAAACAUCGCCAAGUUCAAGCUGCAAGGCCUAGAGCAGGAGAUCCAGCUCACCAAGAACGACGCCGCGUGGGCGCACGAGCAGCUCCUCAAGCUCAACGAGUCCUCGGCCUCCUUCCGCGCAGCCAAGCGUGCUGAGCUCAGUCGCGUCCAGUCCGAGCUCGACGCUGCCGGGCAAGAGGCCGCCGUCGCCCGCUCCAAGGUCGAUUCCUUGCAGACGGCCUACAACGAAGCCAGCACCAAGCUCAGUCAGACCGCCGACAAUGCGGCGCAGCUUUCGACUCGCCUCGCAUCGCAAGAGGAUUCCUUCCGUUCCGAAAUCAGCAGCCAGAGUCAGCUCGUCAAGCUGCUCGAGAGGAGAGCCGAGCACGCCUCACAGCGAAUUGUCGAGCUCGAAGACCAGUGGGAAGAGGUGCUGGAAAGAUGCCGUGUUCGGGAGGAGGAGGCCUGGGCAGAGAUGGAAAAGGAAGCUGGCCUCCGUCAAGCCCUCCAAAAGGAGAACCAGGAGCUCUCCGAGGCACUGGACCGUCUCGCUGAAGGCGUCGGCAUCGGUCAAGGCCAACGCGAAAACGGCGAUGCCCUUCUUGAUCAGACGCUCGAAACGAUGAGCGAUGUUGGCGCCGACUUUGACAUCCGCAGCACGGCCUCGACCCCUCGACGCGUGGGCCUCAUGGGCACAGCUGCUUCCUUCAACAACGCCUUCGGCAUCUCACCCACUGCAGAGAUCGCCAACCGCAUCCGCAAGUCUGGCAAGAGCUUCAGUCAGAUCUACAUGGAGCUCGCGAAGACACAAGAGGAGCUGCGAAGGGAGAAGCUCGAGACGGGCCGUCUCACCUCGGUCCUCGCUCAGGUCAUGGACGAGCUGCAAGACAGGGCUCCUCAGCUGCAGGCGCAACGCGAAGAAACCGAGCGACUUGCUACUGACCUUGAUGAGAUGGUGGCCCAGGUCGCAACGACCUCGCAGGAGCGAGAUGCCGUGCAAUCAGAGGCACAGGCCCUCAAGCUCGAUCUGGAACGCAUCACCCGCGAGAACGGAUUCAUGUCACAGCAACUCGCCGACUUUGGCCGCCAGGUGCGCGAGCUGACCAAGGCCGUCAUUGUGCGUGACGAUCCCGACGCCGCCGCACGGCUCGAGGACGACGGCAGCUUCCUCGCCGAGCUGGAUGCGAUCGCUCCACUUCCCGAGAGCCUGCCUGAAUCCGACACUCAAGCUGUCAUCACCAGCGAGCUUGUCACUUUCCGCUCCUUGACCGAGCUCUGCAGCCAGAACGCCCGUUUGCUCCAAGUGACGCGUCAACUCGGCGCCAAGAUGGAGGAGGAAGAGCGCAACUACAAGGCGCGCCUCGCCGAUGAAGAGGACGAUGCUGUCAACGAGGCGCGCGAGCUGAUCGUACGCCUCGAGGAUGAAGUGCGACAGGAGCGUUACAAGAUCGAAGAAGUCAGCAAGGAGCGGGACCUCUUCCGUCAGCUCUGUUCGACAGGUGGACGCAGCAGCGAUGUCAAGAAUGGCGAAGAGGCGACGUCGAGCACCAAAGCCACCGCUGGCACUGGUCUUCCGCUCGCCGAGUACGAGGCACUGCGAUCCCGACACGAACGCCUCAAGAUCGAGACCGACGCCGAGCUGUCACGCUACCGCGAAGAACUUCGGUCGCUGCAGAUGGAGAUGAGCAAGACGACGGUGACAUCAGCUCGCGAGCAAGCUCUCCGUCAAGCUGCCGACGACAGGCUCAACAACCUUCAAAGGACGUAUGAGCUCACCAAAACGGAUCUCGACGACACGUCGAGGCGGGCUACGCAGCUUCAAGAGAACCUGACACGCCGAGAGGUAUCUGUGCAGAUGCUGGAAGAGCAGCUCAUCCAGUCGCAAUCCAGCCUGGAGCAGCUGCGCACGCAGGUCUCGAACUUGCAGGCCGAGAAGGCGAUCUGGAAGUCUUCCGAGUCGAAGCUUCUCGAGGAGAUCAGUGCCACACAAGUAGAACGAAACAAUCUGCAGGAGCUCGUGCGCACUACGCAAGCCAUGCAAUCGGAGCUGGAGCAACGUGGCGGUGAUGCCAAAUCUCGCCUCGAACAAGACGUCAAGAGGCUUGAUGAGAUCAAUCAAGAUCUGCGCAACCGACUUGCCGCCGAGCAGGACCUCUACCGCCAACUCAGCCUGCGCCGCGAGAUCGAGACCAAGGACCUGCAAAGUCGCAUCGACCUGUCCAGCUCAGAGCUCAGCAAUGCUCGAGAAGCGCUUGCGAUCGCCCGCACCAGCGCGGAUCACACACAACUCCGCGUUGAAGACUUGACUCGCCAGCUCGAGUCUACACAGGAGAAGCUCGCCAUCUACGAGCGCCGAGACCAGCUUUCGCGUGAUCCUAUUGCUUUCCGCGCCCAAGCUGACGUCCAGCUGUCGAGGGAAGAGCAGCUGGAGAUCGAGUUGGCCGACCUCAAGGCUGGUCGCGCUGCUGCACAGCUGGAGGUGCGCAAGAGCAUGCUGGAGGUGGAACAAGCGACAGCCGCGGUUGCCGACAAGGACGCCGCUCUCUCUGCUUUGAGCCAGGAGCACGAACAGCUCAAGGCUAGCACAUCUUCGGAGCUGUCCGCCAAGAACGCAGAGAUCGAGGCCUUGCAGCAACAGGCGGCAACUACCUCGUCUCAACUGUCUUCCGUUCAGAGUCAGCUGCAAGCAUUGCAAGAGCAGCUCGAGACCGAACGCUCUGCCUUCCAGGCGGAGAAGAGGUCACUCGAAGACGCCAUCACAGAACUCGGCACAGUCGAGGAGCGUGCUCGCGCCGAGCAAGAGGAUGUGAAGGGCGAAGUUCGCAAGCACCUGCAGGCUGCCAAAGCGGCUGAGCAGAAGCUUGAGGAGGUCACCAAGCAGGUUGAGACGCUCACCACCGACCUUGCAGAGGUCCGCGAACAGCUCAAAAAGGCUCGACAGGAUGCUGGUACGCUGCGCAGCUCCAAGGAUCUGUCGGAAGCGGAGUGGGGACGCGAGAAGGCGAGCUGGGACGCGGUGCGCCAAGCGCUGGAACGCGAGAAGGCUGACCUGCAGCGCAGAAUUGACGACCUCACCACGCAGAACCAGAUUCUGCACACUCAUCUCGAAGCCGUCAACGCACAAGCUGAUCAGAUGCGUCAGGCCGCAGCAGCGCCGCUGCCCUCGGUUGACGUCAACAUGGAGAUUGAGCAAGCCAAGGACGCAGCACCUGCAUCGAGCGAGACGGCUCCUGCUACGGCGGCAGAGCCUGAGAACUCCAGCGUCAACACGACAGCGCCGGCCGCAGGAGAAUUUUUCGAAGCUGCUGCCGAAGGUGUCGCUGCACCUGCGUCAGAAGCAGCAGUCACCGCAGCGACCUCCGCACUCGAUCCAUCGCAACCCGUGGAAGUCAAGCAAGAGGCACCCGGCACCUCAGGCUCUGAAUUGGCGCAUUCGCUCAUGAAGCGUCGUUUCGACGAGCUACAAGAAGUGGUCAAGUACCUUCGACGCGAGAAGGAGAUCGUCGACCUCCAGAUCGAGAUGAACAAGCAAGAAACGUCACGACUCAAGCAGACCCUAGAGCACGUCAAUAAGACUCUCGCCGAUACACGUUCCGAGCUCGACACUGAGAGGAGCAAGAACGUUUCGUCCACCAGCAGCGCGACUCAGCACUCUGAGCUGCUCGAGAAGAUCAACCAGCUAAAUGAGCUGCGCGAAAAUCACAGCACGCUGCAAGAGAGCGCCAGCCGCGCCGACGCUCGCAUCACUCAACUCGAAUCGGAACUGCGCUCUGCCAACGCCGAGCUCGAACCCGUGCGCGAGCAGCUGCGAAACGCCCAGAUCGAGCUGGAAGCAUCGCAGGCCCAGCUCAACGUUCUCCGUGAGGACAGCAAGCGAUGGCAGACUCGAGCUCAGUCGCUUCUUCAAACUCACGGCAUCAACGAGGAGAUGCAAAAGGUCGAGCAGCAGCGCGCUGAAGCUCAACAGAAGAUCAACGAGAUGGAGAUCAAGCUGAAGGACAGCGAGGCUGCCACCGAAGGCAUCAAGGUCGAGCUGGCCACGUCCAAGUCGAACUUUGAGAAGCUGAGGGAACAGGUUCGCGUGAGGAUCGGCACGGAGCGAAAGGCGGUUGCGGAGGCCCAGGAAAAGCUGGCAGCUUUGCAGAAGGAGAAGGAGGAGGAUGCAGCCAAGUACCAGGAGGCGAUCUCGCUGCACGAGGGCAAAGUUGCUCAGCUCACCAUCGAGAGGGAUAUGCUGAAGCAGCAACUCGAGCAGGCUCAGGCUACGGCGUCUGCAGCUUCUGAAACGCCUGUCGAGGGUGGCGAGGCGGCAGUCCCUGCUGCUACGGACGCGGCUGUUGCGCCUGAUACCGAGGGCGAAGCUGCAACAACCACAGCAUCAGCCGACCAGCAGGCAGCCAUCCAAGCCGCCGUUGCCGAAGCGCAAAAGGAAUUCGACGAGGUCAAGGCCCAACUCGAGACCGAAAAGCAACAAGCCGAGGCUGCUCGCGACAAGCAUCUGCAAAAGGGCCGCGAGUUCCUGCGCGACAUGCGCGCGGCUCAAGCCGAAGUCAAGGAGCGCGACGACACCAUCGCCCAGCUCAAGAAGGACUUUGCCGAGAACAACGGCGAGGCGAUCGAGAAGGCGGUCCAAGAGCGUCUUGCUUCUGGCAACGGUACCGCCGAGACUGGGGGUGCUGAAGCUGAUUCGGAGCUCGCGGCGUUGCGUCUGCGGGUCGUAGAGCUCGAAACCAAGCUCCAAGCUGCCGAGACUCGGAUUCGCGAGCUCGAGGCUCAACUUGCUGCCAGCGAAGGGGGCCACCCCGACAUCGCAUCCCUCAAGGCAGCCCACGCCGAAGAGCUAUCACAGCUUCGUACAUCGCUCGAAGCGCAGUACGCCUUGUCCGCAUCCACCGCUCCCUCGGGCGACGUCGAAUCGCAAGUGCAAGAACGACUCAAGGCGCUCGAAGACGAACGCGAGUCGGCUAUCCAGGAAGCCAUCGCCGCCGCCAUCGCUGCACGCGAAGCGGAGCUCAAGACGCAGUACGACGAGAGCGCCAAAUCGCGCUUCGAGGCGGGCAAGAACGAGGCCAACCUGCGCAACACGCUGAUGAUCAAGCAGAAGGACAACAAGAUCGCCAAGCUUACGGCCGAGAUUGCGGCUCUGAAGGGAGAGGAGGUCCCCGCGACUGGUGCGGGUGGUGCGCCGACGGGUGGUGCUCCCGCCGCUGCUGGUGGUGCUGCUAGCAAUCUACCAACAAGACCGGGCGUGUUUGGUCGGGGCGCCGCACAAGCUGGUCGUCCCACGCCACGCCCCGGUGUCGCACGACCCAUCCCAACGGGGCCGGCUGGCGCGGCUGGCGCUGCAACAAGCCCGACUCCAACCACCGUGGCGUCGAUCCGUGGAGCCGCUGCAGCAGGAAGAGGAGGACGCAUCGCUGCCGGUGCUGCUCGCGGUGGAAGAGGUGGAGCUGCGACGGCUGGGGCCAAGAGGAAGCUCUCUGCUCAAGGACUGCCUGGUAAUGCGGGUGGCAAUGCAGGUGAUGGUGGACAGGGCGGGGCGAAGAAGCCGCGGGCUGCUGGUGCGCCGAUCGCCAUCAAACGGCCUGGUCAGGGUGGGCAGGGUGGUGCGUCCAAUUGA